CACUCGUUCACAGUUAUUCCCCUUCCGUAACGAAACAUGGCGGCGUCCACCAGUAUUGUUUUGGAGUUUGACAAGGCUCGAGAUAAAUUCAAGAAUAUUCUUGAGACGUCUUUGGAAUCUAAAAAUGCUGAGAACUUAUUAUCCUUUGUGGAGUCUUAUCAAGAUGAUGAGAGCGUGGAAAAGAGAACUGUCUUGGAUCAAGUCUUCCGGGACAUUCUUUGCAGGUUGAUAAGAACGGACUCUGACAGUGGAGACUUGAAAACUGUCAUCACGUUUGCAGUGCAGGCUGUCAGGCAUGAUAUGUGCUCACCUUCCACGCCUUUCCUGAUGAUGGCGGACAUCUUUGAUAUGUUGACCUUGGAGCGCUGUGAAGACAUCUUUGACCUUGUGGAGGACAAAGUUACAGUUUGGAAAUCGGAUCCUUUUUACGAAUCAGGGAAAAAUUAUCUCCUGAGGAUGUGUAAUGAUCUUAUAAGAAGACUCUCCAAGUCUCAAAACACUGUGUUUUGCGGAAGAAUACAACUGUUCUUGUCCAGACUUUUCCCACUGUCUGAAAAAUCAGCUUUGAACCUUGCCAGUCAGUUUAACCUGGACAAUGUCACAGUGUAUGCAAGGCAGGGCCAGACUGAGGAGACAAAUGGAGAGACGAAAGCGAAACCGAUGGACGUAGAUGAACCCACUACUCUGUCGAAUUCCAUUCCUAUUGACUAUCACCUGUAUCGAAAGUUUUGGGCUCUGCAAGACUUUUUUCGUCGGCCAAACCAAUGUUACGACAAAACAUCGUGGCUGACAUUUGCACAGUAUGCCGGUGAUGUGAUGUCUGUCUUCUCCACCUUCAAACUUGAUGACCUAUCCUCCAGCCGCAAAAAAGUCCUCACCCAGCAGCAGAGUCACCAAGAAGUACAGAACUUCUUUGCCAAAUACCUCACCAGUGAAAAGCUGCUGAACUUACAGUUAAACGACAGUAACUUCCGGCGAUAUGUUCUGGUGCAGUUCCUCAUCAUUUUCUAUUACCUGAAGGCUUCUGUGAAGUUCAAAACGCAAGCUCACACCCUGACAGAGGAGCAGUCCGAGUGGAUCAAAGAGUCUCAGGAAAAGAUCAUCAAGCUGCUGUGUGAGACACCACCCCAUGGGGAACAGUUCUGUAACUCUGUCAAGCACAUCCUGGACAGAGAAGAGCACUGGAAUACUUGGAAAAAUGAGAGCUGCCCGAGCUUCAUCAAAGACAAGGGCAAGGAUCAGGGAAAGUCAAAGGCAAAAGCCAAACGGCGACGUAUUGGUGAUGACUUGAUGGCCACUGGAGGCAAGUCGCUGAAACUGGGAGCACCUGAGCUGACUCGUCUUUGGAAUCUGAACCCAGAUAACAUGGAGGCGUGCAAGGCGGACUCGCGUGUCUUCCUGCCCAAGUUGGAUGACUUUUUCUCCAACUCCAUAGAGCAGGCAGACCCUGAGGCCAUGGUGGAGGAACAGUACAAAGACAUCAACCAGCACAACUUCCAGUGGAAGGCGUUCCGUCUACUGGCCCGUGCGUCACCGCACUUCUUUGUACACACCAACACACCAGGCCUGCAGCUUACCGUCUACCUCAAGGACAUUGUGGACAAAAUGGCCAAGAAGUUACACCCUAACUGGGGAAAAGCGAAGAAUGAUGUGUCAGUUGCUGAUGACGAGGACAACAUCAAAGAGAACAACGGUGUUGACAAUGAUGAAGAUGACUUGGGCAAUGGAGAUGAUCAAGAUGAGGCGAGUGCGUCAGGCCAGCUGAGCAAAGAGCAGAUCCAGUCGGUGGCGGACCAGCUGGGCAGCAAGUGGACGCAGCUUGGGGAGAAGCUCGGGGUGCCCACUGAUGACUUGGCCUACUUCAAGGAGUCCUUCCCUGAGCCUGGUGAGGCUGCUGCGUCCAUGAUCACAGUGUGGCAGGAAGAGGACCCAGAUCGCGAUUCUAGAUCUUUGCUGUCGGAGUCUCUGCGAGAACUUGGGCAUAAUGGAAUUGCAGAUUCCUUGAGCUGAUGAUGUCAAGCAUUUCCUUUUAUCACUACCUUUCACCAAUGAAGUUGUAUCAUUAAUAAGUCACUGCAUUAAAUGGCUCUUUUGAGAAGUUUGAUAGAAGCUGUUUUCAGAUUUGAUGUAUUAAAUGCUUAGAAGGUGAUGCGCGAAAUAGUGGAGCGGGUGACCAGAGGGUCCUUUUUUUAACUUGAGUUGUUUGGGAACCACUAAGCUUUGUCCUUGUAAAGGUAUACGAAAAAAUCUGAGAUCCUACCUGUUAAAUAACUUAUGGUGUUGAAUUUGUCAUUGAAUCUGUACCCUGCUAGAUAAAUGAAAAUGUUUGUUGAUUUUACUGAUCCAGGUUGUUGUUUUUGUUAUUGAUCGAGAAACAAUUGUUUAAAGUCUUGUUUAUUUUCUGGUUCAGGGCUCUCUCAGCCGACUUUUAAUUUCAUUCCAAUUUUCUCGUAGGUGCCACGUGUCUGUUAGUGUUGGUUACUAAAAUUCUUAUCUCUGUCUCUUUUGAUUGUCCAGAUGAUAAUAAUAAUAGAUAGCAUUGGUAUAGUGCAAAUUCCUGCUCAACAGCAAGCUCUAUGCGCGUUACAAUCUAUAUUCUACUAUUACCUCAGCAGACCUGAUAGCAUUCUGAAACACUUUCAACUUCCUUAGAAAUGUACAGUGCCAUUUUACAGAUGCUAAAACACUAACAUACUGACAAGAUUGUAAUGUUUGUAAAGCUAAAAAGUUUUUUUUAAGGAACAUAGUCCAAGAGUAGUGGUCCUUGAAUACCUUGCUAAAAGUGGAUAUUUAUUUCUGGUCAAAUUGGAAAUGACAUGCUGAAGUUUUGUGCAGUUCUGUACGAUAACUUUUUCGUAAUUUUAAAAACAAAUUGUGAUGGCUUUCACUGUGUUGUUAGAUGUUUGCAAGGGGAAUAGAUUUGAAAUGUUUUUGUGCAAAUUAUUGACCUAUCAUUCCUAUCGUGAGCCAUUGUGCAAUGUUGCAUUCAUUGUCACAGCGUGAUUGAAAUAUUGGAAAUGGACAAUAAAUGUUGUCUAUACACAUUCUCA